AUGGACGCGGGACCCUCAUAUACCGUACUCCGUAUCAAGCGAAAAGCGACCGAACCUCCCCUUUCCUCCCUCGUCAUCCAAGACCAAGACCCCUCCCAUCCUUCCUCCUCGCAAUAUGGUACCCCCAAACGUCGCCGCGAUGUCUCAUAUCGUCCCAAAGCGCGCGGGAUCUUCAAACUGGCAGAUACAGUGCCUGACAGCUGGGUCGGGCGGGGAGAGGAGGGCGAGGUGCUCAAGGAGAGGAUCAAGGGGUUGAUGGACUCGGUCCCGGGCGGGAGCGGGAAGGGCAAGGAGAGGGAGACGGAGCAGGAACAGGCGGACGAGGAGGCGACGAUGAAUGAGCCAAAGGCACAGUUGGAGCCAGCACCAGCGUCGGAGUCACAGCCACGGCCGAGAACACCACCGUCUGCGUCGGCGGGACUGCAGUAUCGUGUGGUCUCGCAGCUGGGGGCGGUAUCGUCUUUACCCAAGCGCAAGGGGAAGGGGCUAGGGGGUGGGCUGAAUGUACCACCUGUACUACGGUCUUACGCAGACGUACAGGCCGAAGAACAAGCAAAAUCACUGUUCCGCUUCAUCGAUGCCCAAGCCGUCUCAUCAGCCAGUCCAAGCGGGGCCGGCGCUACCCAGCCGAGCAAAGAAGAGGUGGAGGAUCCGCAGAUGGCUGCAUUUCAAAAUAUGCUGGAUGAGUAUCUGACCUUGGAACGGACCGAGGCAGCCCAAAAGGAAGCCGAGGAGGAAUACGUGUACGACCUGUACUACCGCGAUAUCCGAGAUGCGUCCAUCGCGGGCGUGAGAGCGGGGGACGGAACGUCCGCUACCUCCAUCGGAGCCUUGAUCGGCUUCAGCGACCUUUCACCCCCGUCCACCCCUUCAUCCUCGGAACCAGAGGACGAAGCGGACGAGGACUCAAACGACGAGGACUUCUACCGGAACGAUUACCCCGAAGACGAGGAUGCCGAUGAGGAUAUGGAGGGGUUUGAUGAUGCGUUCGGAAGCGACGAGGACGGGAGCGAGGAUGGCGAGGGAGGGGGAGGGGGAGAAGAUGAUGAAGGGAGAGGAGGAACGUGGGGAUAUAGGGGAUGA